GGGCAUUAUGAUGCGCCACUUGCAACCCAGUAGUCAUGUCAGGGCUCAGCGCGAUCGUCCCAAUGGCAUCAAGCCUCCGUGGUAUGCUGUCAGGCCGCUGUCGCUCGCGUCCAAGACCUUCCGUCAGCUCACCCUGGAAGCUUGGUUUCGGGUCUUCGUCAUUCGUGACUUCUUGGACAAGUUGGUCAUCCCGGACGUGGCGUCUUCGACGAGGACAAUUCACUGGACUAGUAAAUACACCCUACCGCAAGUGUCCAUGACAUGCUACCCUCCUCCACAAGAGAACCUUACGUUGUUCACGCGGUUGCACAAGUUGCGCUUCGAUGGGUACCGUGUGGACGAUAGGUAUACCGUUCUCGCGGAGCAUUUCGGCGAAGUGCCGCCUACAGUGACCGAGCUCGAAUUGUGCUACCUCCCGUACCCUGUGCCGGAGCAACUGCGUCCAAUACAGCGCAUGUUCCCGAGACUGGAGGUUUUAGUGCUGCAUCAGGAACGUAUCUUGUGCGGACUCUGUAAUGCGUGUGCCCCGCUACAUCUGAAGAAGGCACCGCCACCGUCCAUAACGUACACGGACGGUCAUGGUCUCUCGAAGCAAUACAACAGCGUCUUAGCCUGUUUGCCGCGUCUGCGCACCGUGCGUCUCAGUGGUGCGUACGUUCUGGGUGGGCGCGUCAGCCUGCAGAGCGUGCGGACUGCAUGGCGAGGCGAAUGCGGGGAUUGCUGCAAGCACCACCUCACCGACGCAGACUUUGUCUCGAGGCGGGAGGCCGACGACAUGGCAGAGCCACGUCCACCUGCGCUGCGCGAGGUCAUCUGGUCGUUCACACCCUUUCGCACGCCGGAGGACUACACGGACGGAGACGUGACCUCGGACUCCAGCGACUACGGCGACACCGACUUCCACAACGCAUAUACCACGGGCGAUGAGGACGACACCGAUGAUAGCAAUGCAGACGACGAAGACGCCGAUUCGAGCGAUGUAGAAGACAGCAGUGACGAUGGCAAUAUGGGAGACAUCGAUAAAGGUGAUGCAGGAGAGUAGCGUCAGUGCAUCGACAGUUCAGUAUGUGGGACUCAGC